AUGCCCGACAUGCCCAUCAACGUCCCCGUCGACGACCCCAACGCCGACACCGAAUGGAACGACAUCCUUCGCUCCAAAGGCAUUAUCCCCGAAAAAGAGCCCUCUCCCACUCCUCAAAUCGAAGCGGCCCUCCUCCAAGCCCGCGAACUCGCACACGAAAACCGUCUCGAAGGCAAGGACCUCGAUGAAUUAGACGAGCUUGAAGACGACGAAGACGAAGCCUUCUUAGAUCAAUACCGACAGAAACGAAUGGCGGAGAUGAGCACUCUCCAACAAACCAGUGUCUUCAAUCAGGUAUACCCCGUGCAGAAACCGGAUUGGAGUCGUGAAGUCACAGACGCCUCGAAAGACGCGUGGGUCUUGGUGUUGUUGACGAGUAGUAUGGGAACGAAUGUGGAAUCCCAAUUGAUGGUCGAGAUCUGGCGGUCGUUAGCAGUGAAGUUUGGGGAUAUCAAAUUCUGUCAGAUUCGAGGCGAUUUGUGUAUUGAGGGCUAUCCGGAUCGCAAUACUCCUACGGUGUUGGUUUACAAGGAUACGGAAAUCAAGAGGCAGAUUGUCACAUUGAAGGAGAUCAACGGUGCAAAGACGAGUGUGGCAGAUAUGGAGAAGAUUCUGUUGAGUUUAGGGGCUGUCAAGCACAACGAUUCGAGGUUGAAGAGAAGGGAUGGGGACGAUGAGAGGGAGGAGGAAAGGCCAUACAGAAGUAUCAGGCAGGGUGAGAGGAAUUCAGGGGACGAUGAUGAUAGCGACUGGGAUUGA